GAUUCAUUUAUAACACUUCCUGAUAUAUUCAACAAUAUAAAUCUUCUACCACCUUCUGACUAUAAAGAUGAUGAUAGUAUCAUCAAUAAUAUAAACCUUUAUCAAAUAUCUUGCAACUAUAAUAAUAGUAUUGUUAAUACAAACCUUCUUUCACCAUUUACUGAAUAUAACGAUAACCAAUUUUCUAAUUAUGGUAAUAACUCUUCAUUAUUUGAUGACGAUAACCCUUCACUAUUAUUUGAAGAUAGCAAUAAUUCUUCAUUAUUUGAAGAUGACGAUAAUUUCAACACAAGCAGUUCAUCACUUACUGAAAAUGACAAUAAUCCCAGUAUUAGCUAUCAAUAUAACCUUAACGUAGGAAAUUAUUUUGACGAUUGGUCAUCUGUUGAUAGGUUUAUACAUAAUUAUUGCUUGGAACAGGGUUUUGGAUACCAGAUUUUCUGUAAUGAUAAAGAUCCAAAUGAUCCAAGUAUUACUCAUCGCAAGUCUUUUCGAUAUUUAUCAAGUGGUACCUACGAACCUAGAAAGAGUACACAUAAUCAUGAAUUAAAUCCUACCCAAAUAUGUGAUAUUAUUGCUAGAUACCGACAUUUUAAUGAAAAGAUGAUGCAAGACAUUAAAUUUUUUUCAGACUAUAAAGUAGCACCUAUUACUCAAUUGGAGAUGUUUAAAAUAAAAUAUCCUCAAAAUGUUUACCAUAAGCAAGACUAUUUAUCAAAAGCAACAGAUAAUAUAGUUCUACAGUCUUUUUGGACUGAUGCUGAACCUGGUUUAAUUAAUGCAGUAUCUCAAGUUUUUCCCAAUACACAGCAUUUUUAUUGUUUAUUUUACAUCUGGCAAAACAUAGUCAAGCAUCUUAAAGCAUCUCUGGUUGAAGAAGCAAUUGAUAAAAGACAUGAACAAAAAAUUAGAUACUGCAAAUUAACAGACAUUAAAGCACAGUAUAAAUCAAUUAGACUUUCAUAUAUCUCUUCUCAAUUUUUUUCAACUAUUGAUCACAUGCUUGUCAAUUUUUUGACACCACUUAUAUUAUCUCUACAACGAUUUCAAAUUUCACAAUCUUUCACUUAUGAAGGACAAAGAGAGCACAUAAUAUUUGAAUCGUCUAUAGAUACUGCAAUUGAAGUAAACUUAAAUCUUCAAAGCCUAAGGAAUUUUCAAGGUUCUAGUAAUCACGCAAGUAUUCAGCAAGUUAUUUCUAAAAGAAAUAAAUUUGGAGUUGCAUUUUUAACAGCUAAAACUGCAAUUAAUAUUGCUUUGAAAACUAAAA